UUUCCGCUGUGCGUUUCCAAAAUGACCAAACUGGAGCUGCUGGGCGGCUACCUGACGGAGCGGCUGACGGCGCUGGUCAGGGACAUCCUGGACGUGGUCGAGGACACGGUCAGCGAGUACCGGGAAGAGACGGUCCGGACCCGGCGAGAGAACGAGAUCCUGCGGAGGCAACUGCGCGACUUCCGGCUCGUGGAGGCCGGGCUUCAGUGUCCGAGAAGCAACAAGAUCUCCGAGCAGCAUGGCGACCGCCAGCCCGCCUGUGCUCCCCAACACCAGCGAGUGCCACCAGCCGGCACGUCGGCGCAGGCGGCAUCCGGCGUCCUGCGAGCGGACGACUCCUCUUUCAAAGCCUCUCUCCCCUCGCCGCCCGCCGCCAUCCUUACACUCCACGUGGACGUGCAGCGAGCGCCCCCCCCUCCUCCCAUCAAGACGGAGCACGAGGAGUCUAAGGUGACGUCCGCGCCGACGCACGAUCUGGUCUCUGUGGACGAGUCGCAUGUCAGGACACACGCGGACGCUCGGGGGCGUGCGGGAGCCUCUCCUGACACAUCGGCGAGCACCAUCAUUUACGAGUGUCCUCGCUGCAGCGAGGCCUUCGACCGGGCUGCCGGGCUGCGCCUCCACCUGGAGCAGAAGCGCAAGACGUACGCCUGCGACUGGUGCUGCAAGUCCUUCGCGCAGUCGGCCGACCUGCGGCGACACCUGCGCACGCACACGGGCGAACGGCCGCACCGCUGCUCCUUCUGCUCCAAGAGCUUCAGCCAGCAAGGAAACCUGCGGCGACACGUGCGCAUCCACACGGGCGAGCGGCCAUAUUGCUGCCCGCUCUGCCAGCGCACCUUCAGUGACGGCGACACGCUCAAGAAGCACAGGCGCACCCACCACCACACACGCCUCUCUGACACCUGACCUCCUCCCACAAGACCCCGCGCCCCGUCAAGGCCACGCGGGACCUGAGAGGACGGCCCUGACCUCUGAGAGGACAGCCGUGACCCCUGAGAGGACGGCCGUGACCGCUGAGUUGACAGCGGUGACCCCGGAGAGGACAGCUGUGACCCCGGUGAGGACACCCGUGAACCCUGAGGACAGUUGUGACCCAUGAAAGGAAGGCGGUGACCCAUGAGAGGACAGUUGUAAUCCCUGACAGAACAGUUGUGACCCCUAAGAGAACAGUUGUGACCCAUGAAAGGAAGGCGGUGACCCCUGAGAGGACAGUUGUGACCCCUGAGAGGACAGUUUUGACCCCUGAGAGGACAGUUGUGACCCCUAAGAGAACAGUUGUGACCCAUGAAAGGAAGGCGGUGACCCCUGAGAGGACAGUUGUGACCCCUGAGAGGACAGUCUUGACCCCUAAGAGGACAGUUGUGACCCCUAAGAGAACAGUUGUGACCCGUGAAAGGAAGGCGGUGACCCAUGAGAGGACAGUUGUGACCCCAGAGAGGACAGUUGUGACCCCUGAAACGAUAGUUGUGACCCCUGAGAGGACAGCUGUGACCCCUGAAAGGACAGUUUUGACCCCUAAGAGAACAGUUGUGACCCAUGAAAGGAGGGCGGUGACCCAUGAGAGGACAGUUGUGACCCCAGAGAGGACAGUUGUGACCCCAGAGAGGACAGUUGUGACCCCAGAGAGGACAGUUGUGACCCCAAAAGGACAGUUGUGACCCCUGAAAGGACAGUUGUGACCCCGGAGUGGACAGUUGUGACCCAUGAAAGGAAGGCGGUGACCCAUUGGAGGACAGUUGUGACCCCUGAAAGGACAGUUGUGACCCCUGAGAGAACAACUGUGACCCCUGAGAGGACAGUUGUGACCCCUGAAAGGACAGUUGUGACCCCUGAAAGGACAACUGUGACCCCUGAGAGGACAGUUGUGACCCCGGAGAGGACAGUUGUGACCCAUGAAAGGAAGGCGGUGACCCAUGAUAGGACAGUUGUGACCAUGAGAGGACAGUUGUGACCCCAGAGAGGACAGUUGUGACCCCUGAGAGGACAGUUGUGACCCCUGAGAGGACAGUUUUGACCCCUGGGUGGACAGUUGUGACCCAUGAAAGGAAGGCGGUGACCCAUGAGAGGACAGUUGUGACCCCAGAGAGGACAGUUGUGACCCCUGAAACGAUAGUUGUGACCCCUGAGAGGACAGCUGUGACCCCUGAAAGGACAGUUUUGACCCCUAAGAGAACAGUUGUGACCCAUGAAAGGAAGGCGGUGACCCAUGAGAGGACAGUUGUGACCCCAGAGAGGACAGUUGUGACCCCAAAAGGACAGUUGUGACCCCAAAAGGACAGUUGUGACCCCUGAGGACAGUUGUGACCCCUGAAAGGACAGUUGUGACCCCGAGUGGACAGUUGUGACCCAUGAAAGGAAGGCGGUGACCCAUUGGAGGACAGUUGUGACCCCUGAAAGGACAGUUGUGACCCCUGAGAGAACAACUGUGACCCCUGAGAGGACAGUUGUGACCCCUGAAAGGACAACUGUGACCCCUGAGAGGACAGUUGUGACCCCGGAGAGGACAGUUGUGACCCCUAAGAGAACAGUUGUGACCCAUGAAAGGAAUGCGGUGACCCAUGAUAGGACAGUUGUGACCAUGAGAGGACAGUUGUGACCCCAGAGAGGACAGUUGUGACCCCGGAGAGGACAGUUGUGACCCCAGAGAGGACAGUUGUGACCCCGGAGAGGACAGUUGUGACCCCGGAGAGGACAGUUGUGACCCAUGAAAGGACAGCGGUGACCCCAGAGAGGACAGCCGUGACCCCAGAGAGGACAGCCGUGACCCCGGAGAGGACAGUUGUGUUCCUAAAUGGAAUACAUUCAUUUUGGUCCUCAAAAUUCUACACACAAUACCCCAUAAUGACGACGCGAAAAGGUAUUUUUAAAGACAUCUUUGCAGUUUGAGGACGAAAAUAAAUGUAUUCUAUUCUAAAGUGUGUAGGAAGUGAAGUGCUGUGAGGACUUCCUGUAUGCACUACCUCAAAGCGUCAUGCGAGUCCUGUUUGCUGGUCUGGAACAAUAAUGUUUUGCAAAGCAGGUUGAGGAUGAAACCACUAACGCCUGCUAUGUUUACUUUCCUGCCGGCCUUUUAUUUUGAAGGCCUGACUUAAGCAGACGUGUGGUGUUGCCAAGUGCAUCUUUAGCUCUGCUGCCGGACAAGAACUGACAUUUUGUCAAAUAAAAGUUUGAGUUGAGGAA